GAGGACGACGACCGCGACGCGUCGACGUACGCGGCCGGGUCCUCCCCGAACGGCGAGAGCGAGGGGAACCUCCUCCUGAAAGAGCGCGCGAGAUCUCUGCGCAUCGACAACCUCGACGCGUGGUUCACCUCGCUGUACGACUACUACCACGACAAAGGCUUCUACUGCAUCGUCACGAGCCGCGUCGUGAACCUCCUGACGUUGGGGUUCACGAUCGUCUUCAGCGCGUGGCUCCUCCUGUUCGUGGACUGGAGAUACCUCUCGACGGAGUGCGCGGAGGACGCGAGAGGACGAGCAUCCGCGGGCGCGGAGGGCACGUGCGACGUGCUGCGCGACGCGACGUUCGCGUCCCCGCUGUCGCACCGGUCGACGCUCGCGAACGUCGUCGUCGUGACGUACUUGCUCAUCUUCUCGCUGUACUGGACGUGGUCGCUCGCGAGGCUCGCGACGGACUUGCGGCCGCUGCUCGAGAUGCGGUCGUUCUGUAACAAUAAACUUCAGCUGUCGGACCGGGACGUGCAGGCGCGUCCCUGGCCAGAGGUGGUGGCGCGCGUCGUGCACUUACAAGCGACGACGCGCUUAUGCAUCACGAAGGACCUGAACGAGCACGACAUCGUCGCGCGGAUCAUGCGGAAGGAGAACUACCUCCUCGGGAUGAUCAACCGCGACGUCUUGGGGCUGACGUUGACGGGGCUGCCGGGCGCGCGGCGGACGCGGUGGCUCACGACGUGCGUGCGGUGGAACCUCGAGUGGGCGGUGUUUCACGGGAUGUUCGACGACGACUUCUCGAUCCGGCCGUCGUUCUACGACGUGCGCGCGCUCAGGAAGCGGAUGCGGACGCUCGCGGUGAUUAACUUGGUGUUAUCGCCGUUCAUCGCGAUUUUCAUGGCGACGUACUUCGCGCUUCGAGACGCGGAGAGGUUUUACCGUCACCCCGCCGCGGUGGGCGCGCGGUCGUGGAGCCCGGAAUCGCGGUGGAAACUCCGGGAGUUCAACGAGCUGAAGCACUUCCACGAGCACCGCCUGACCGCGGCGCACAAGCACGCGACCAAGUACCUCUCGCAGUUCCCGUCCCCGGUCGUGAGCAUGAUCGCCAAAUUCGUCUCCUACGUCGUCGGCGCGUUCGCCGCGAUGUGCAUCGCGUGCGCGUUGAUCGACGACGAUCUCCUGCACGCGGAGGUGUUCGGUCGCGACUUGCUCUGGCACACGGCCGUGCUCGGGACGCUGCUGGCCGCGAGUCGCGGGAUGAUCGGGGAGGCGAACAAGGUGUUCGAGCCGAACCGUCUGAUGGCGGAGGUGGUGUCGCACACGCACUACCUCCCUCGACGGUGGCGCGACGCCGCGCACAAGGCGGAGGUGCAGGCGGAGUUUGAGGAGAUGUUUCCGUUUAAAGCCGCGACGUUCGCGAAAGAGAUGCUGAGCAUAUUCGUCGCGCCGUUCGUGCUGUGGUACCCGCUGUGCGAAUCCGCGCCCGAGAUCGUGAGCUUCGUCAGGAAUUUCACGGUGCAUCGACAGGGCGUCGGAGACGUGUGCUCGCUGAGCGCGUUCGAUUUCCGACGGCACGGAAACGCGAAAUACGGCGCGGGGACGACGGCGCGGAAACCCGCGCGAAGCAAACAGGGGAAGAUGGAGAAGUCGUUCCUGUCGUUCCACGCGCAGUACCCGACGUGGGAGCCGGAUGAGGGCGGACGGGAAGUCAUCGCGUCCCUGAACGGGUUCAAG